AUGAAGCCAAUUGGGGGAAUUGUGACAAAUAAAAAGUCCAUUCCCGAUAACUUUCGACAGGUCGAAACCUUCACAACAGAAUAUCUGAGCAAGCUAUGGAAGAUUUAUACAGUAAAUCGCGAUGUGCUUGACAAGGGUCGCCGUCUUGAGAACCUAUUUUGGAGGAUAUGGGGUAGCGAGCGGAUACAAAGGACCUUCUCCGGGAAGACUGUAUCAAAAAUAUUCCUCAUGAUACUUGAGGGUGAAGGGCCAUUUGAGAAAACAAGAUUUCGGAUACCACCGUUGCCAAUACCAACCCCGCCCCAUCCACCCCACCCGGAGUCCACACCAAGGCCGUCUUUAGAAAUCGAAUGCCCUCCGACACCUCCCCCGAGCCCUAUGCCUCCAGUAACAUCAAUAGCGGGUUUCCAGUUGGGGUCAUCUUAUCUUUCUAAAAUUCCUUCAGAAAUGGCAAUCACUGCUUCACUUCAUCAAGCCUUUCCACCUCGACUACUAUCACCCCCGCCACCUUCACGAACUAACCCCUCAAUGGCCGAGCAAUCAACGGAUUCGGCGCCACCGCAAAAUGAUCCCCCCGGCCCGUCAAGGCUUGCGACCCCUCCAAACACCAAGAUGAUAGUUGGCGCGGCCGCGGCCGGAAGCAAACCUAGCAGUUUAGUGUCCAGUGAGAAUGAGUCGGUGUCUUCCAAAGAGGGUGGUUGCGGCAAGAACCCUGCAGUCAAGGAGAGAAAGGCUAGGACGGAGCGUCCUCCGAGAGGUCGCCGAAAAGUCGGAGUGUCCACUCGGGUGACGGCAACUCGGAGGUCGCGCCCUGCCGGUCCCCGACGGAAAUCAUCCUCGUCGUCAAAUACCGCUGUCAACACCGCCUUUUCUAGUCCCUUACAGACGCUAGCUGGGGAUCUGGCAAGGUCCCUACCAAGCGAUAGUGUGCGUCAACAGCACAAGGUUUCCUCAACCGAUGGCGGUGAUUUCGAAAGCGAUGCCGUGGGAAAGAGAGGGGAUACGGCUGACAGCAAUUGGAUUGUGGAUCCUGAUUUUCGAACAAAGUACUUGGAGCGAAAACGAAAGGAAAAGUUGGUGGCAUGGUCAUCUGAAGCCUUUGUAGUGCCAUUAGUGACAAAGGCUGUUCCUACCGCUGCCGUAGUGGAAAGUCAGGCGACAGCUUCAACAAAGAUAUCUCGUGGGAAAGGAAAGGGCGUUGUUUUGGUCGAUCAGAUUGUUCCAUUGAAGGGAUUAUCAGAGGAAGCUACGGAUUUGCAAGCGACCAGAGUCCUAGUCGCGAAUGUGAGGGAUGAGGGUAUCGACGAACUACCCGCGACCUUAGUGAGAAGGAAAUCAGAGCUCACCCUCAUGUUCGAAGCUGAAGCGAAGAGGUCUGGAGAGAAAGUAGGGAAAGGAGGUCCUGGGAAGGAGGAGGCUAUAACUGAGGGAGAAAUGACAAAGUAAUCAACGAACCGGUUACUGCGAUCAGAGGGAAGGAGGUUGGGUGGUCGGAGGUCCAUACAAUGGAGGAGCAAUAAUAAGGGCCAUGGAGGAGGCAUUGGGCAAUGAACUGGUUUAGAAGGGAUGGAAGGAUGGAAGGGGGCGAGAAGAUCUUACAGAGGCCAUCUUUUUUUGCGUUUGCAUCUGUCAAGGAGGGGAGCUUGGUGGUGGGCUCCUCCUUUGAGCGGGGGUCCGGUGCCACAAUUGGCUUCCUCUUGUCUCUAGAUAUUGGAGAGCCUUGGGUGGGGAUGCAGAAUGUUUUGUGCGCUGUGUUGCGCCCUUAGCAAUACCGGUGGAAAAUUGGGUCAUAAUCUAAUCGAUAGCGAUCGCAUCUGUUUUGUUUUGUUUUUAUUCUUUUUUUCUUGCCUUUAAUGCAUUGUUCAGGGGAAAGGGUUUUUGCUGUUCCUAGGUAUUUAUUUGCUUAUCCAGUUCCAUUCUGCACAUUCUGGGGACCAGAAGGGUUUUCAAUAUUUUUGUUCCACCCCCCCCUUUGUUAGUCUUUGUGGCUUUGAGCGCUGUGUAUUUAGUUUUUUUGCGCGUGCAUGUCUGAAGAGAAGGUUAUUGCUUGUG